AUGUUCGGAAAAGAUUCCAAACAAGACAUAGAACAGGUGUCUGAUGGCUCAGACAUCAACGUCGCCGCUGCACCGACAAAGCCGACAUUCUUCCAGCGAUGGAAGAGGCAUAUGAAAAAAUGGUGGUGGGCAUACCUGAUCGGGUUCUGUUGCAUUGUUCUGGUUAUUGUUCUACCAAUCAUCUAUGUGGGCAUGCCACGCUUUGCUAGCGACUACAUCAACAAGUACGAUUACGACUACGACGGCCUUGCCAUCAUCGAUCCCACGCCCAACUCCUUUCGCGUCAAACAAUCAAAGAGUCUUAGCAUGGGUGGUGGUUUUACGGGCAGUGGGCAUUUGUCGGCCUUCAACGCGACCAUCAAAAAUGCCAACUCUGAUGCGCAAUUUGCGGUGUUUCCAGUCCCGCAGAUCGACUUCGAUAAUGGCGCAGAGUUCAACAUCGACCAAGAGCUGGAAAUCUCUUGUGUUAGCUGUCUUUCAGAAAUGGCUGCUGCCGCUGCUUCAAAUCAUGAGAUCUCCGUCCUUGUCACCGGGGACCCAGACUUGAAGUAUGGAGCCCUACCCACAGCUCAUCUGGACAUCCAUAAGACGAUGAAAAUGCAAGAGUUCGUCAACAGCGACGGCGCCUUUAAUGUCACCAACCUUAACUUCACACGGACCCCCGGCGAGAAUGGAUUCAAUGUAAACGCGACUGUCGCAGUCCGCAACCCAACCCCAUUCACCGUCCAGAUGGGCGAAGCGACAUUCAACCUCACAAUUGGAGAUACAGACAUCGGAUGGAUCUACCUUCCCAACCUGACCCUCCAGCAUAAUGCACACAAUGUCUCUGGAAUAGCUGUCCUAGGGGACAUAGAUAUAGACUCCCUCAUCCACGAAGGCCUAUGGGGUGACAGCGGCGAAGGUUUCACUGUGAACAUUGGCCUCCACGGAAAUCGAGUCGUAAACAAGGGAUUGGAGAUCCCUUACUACACCGCGGCGAUCAGGGCAAUCAAUGCGACUGUCGCUGUGAAUCUGAUGGAUUAUGUGUCUGAUGUGUUAGCUCCGGCUGCUACGAGAGGUCGGUGGAGGACUCUGGGCCUAGGUCAACAUCCUUCUCAUACCCUAGACAAGAAGAUUCCAGUUCCCGCGCAGUACGGAUUCGAGGCCGUGGAAGUUGUCUACUCUGACCUGGAGGCCUACGCAGAAAGCCUCAGCAUCCCAAUCCUCCAAGCCGCACGGAAGGUCGCCACGUUGUGCCACGAAAACAAGAUCGAAGUCCUGUUGCUUGCACCGUUUGAAGAUUCGAAGGAGCUUGCUCGCCACUAUCCGACAGGCUGGAAAGAGGCCAGCCACUGGACUGAAAUAGCCAGCACGUUGAAGGCGCCUUACCUCCAAGUUUCCUUCCAGUUCCGCAAGGACGCCUGCACCGACGAGGGAGUGAUUGUUUCGGAGCUACGCCAGUUGGCCGAUUUGGGAGCGCAAAGGUUCCGCUGGUCCCUAUCGCCUAUGAGAACCUCUCGUGGGGAAACGUAUUGCUCGACAUGGCAGAUGGUACUGCAUCUGAUCAAUUCUGCCGACCGGCCUAAUUUUGGUACCUGUUUGGGCAACUUCCACGAGGUCACGAACGUCCGGGCAAGUCCAUUUGCAAUCUUGGGGAAAUAUCCGAAUGCAUACCAAUCUCUCUCCGACUCGCUGCGGGAGUUCAAAGAGAAGUUCCGCUUGAGAAGAUCUUCUAUGUCCAGCUGUCCGAUGGUGAAAAGUUCAGCCCGCCUUUGUCUACCCAGCAUGUAUGGUAUCUAG